AUGGGAGGAAGAAAAGGACCGCUUUUCACUAAAGAGAUUGAUAAUAUUAUUAUGGAGUUAAUGAAGAAAUGUGGGCAUCUACCUAAACCUUAUGUAAAGGUUCGUGAAGCUAUCCCGCAAUAUACUUCAAAGCAAAUACGUCGACAUUGGAUCAGUCGAUUCGACCCACGUCGUAAGUAA